GGGAAUGGGCGCAGCAAGUUUGUGGCAUAGUUUAAAUUACUACGUAUUGAAGGCUUGCAGCAGCACCAAAUAGGCGCGACUCACCAGGGGAACAUUUGUUCCGCGCGACGACAGCGCGCUUGGCAUUUCUGCUGGCUCGGACAGAGGCGAAUAUCAUAAAUCCACAGAAUCCACAAGGCAGUGACCGCAUUCGCAGUGGUGUCAGCUGUUGCCCGGUCGAACCCUAAACUUUGCAGCAACGAACUAGGAGGCGAUGUGUCAUGUGUCAAGGAUCAUGUAUGCCUGUAACGCUGUCUAAACGUCGACUGCCCUGAGCCUUACGGGUGCCCGGCGCGCAGCAUGCAGCUGCAAAUCCUUCAGCCCACUGGGCGUUUCGCACAAUUUUCUGUGCCCCAACUUCAGCGUAGGCAAUGCGCAGCCCUAUGCCCACCAGUCCAUUUCGGAGGGCGGGUGCGGAGCAGCUGCACCCCAGGGCCUGCCUACCCGUCUGACGAAGGAGAGCAGACAGGCAAGCGGCGGCGCGGCCGGCCCCGCAAAGCAGAGCAGUCAGUGGAUGGCAGUGUACCUGGCACUAGUGACGGCCCGGCACCAGCUGUGAAGCGGUCACGGGGCAGGCCGCCGCGCGAUGCAUCUACGGCACCGCAGGCACCACCACUGCCGCAUCCGGUCCGCACCCCCUCACCGGCAGGCAGCGACAGCGACAGCGGGCAACGGCGCCGUGGGCGUCCACCUCGAGCUGACGCACAUCGGGCGGCGGCUGCAGGCGACGUGGGGCCCCCGGGGUCCCGGCUGGGUGACGCACACGGCGGUGGAGAGCGCAGCGACAGCGGUCAGACGGCCGGCGGCCGCGGCGGCAGAAGUAGUGGGGCCAGGGGCCACGGUGGGGACACUUCUCAACAAGCCGCGGCUGCAGAUACACUGUCCAGCCGGAGGGGCAGGCCGCGGCGAGAGGGCACGGAGCAGCAGGUGGAGGAGGCAGGGGCAGCGGCAGCGGCUGAAGGGGUGGGCACGGCAGUUGCCCGGCGCGGUCGGCCCCCGCUGCAGAAGGCCAGUCGUGAGGCGGAGCUGCAGGUGAUGCUGCGAAGGGAGCUGCGGCUCAAGCCCACAGAGCUCAGGCCGCCGCCAGCCAGCUGGAAGCGGCUACGGGACGGGGCUGCACCAGAGACCCUGCGUGCGCGGGUGUUGGCGCUCAAGGAGGCGCUGGGGCUGGAGGUGGUGAGGCGCAUGGUCCAGCGCUGCCCGCACCUACUGCACUGGCACGAGGCCACACUGCUGUCCAAGCUGGAUGACCUGACUCUGGGCCUGGGCCUCAGCCGCCAGCAGCUGCUGGGCGCAGUGCUGGCCUACCCGCGGCUGCUGCAGAGCGCGCCCGACACGGUCCUAGCGCGGGUGGCGCUGCUGCAGGCGGAGCUGCGCCUGCCGCUCAAGGUGGCCACAGCCAUGGUGGCGGCGCAGCCGCCACUGGUGUGCAUGUCGACGUCGACGCUGCGCUUGCGGGCGGACCUGCUGCAUGAGGCAGCCAGCCUGCUGCCGCAGUGGCGCCACGAGCUGAGCGAGAUGGCUCCGGGCACCCUGGGCCGCAUGCUGCGCUGCUCCGAGGAGGUGCUCAACCGCCUCACCUACACCUACCUGCGCGUGUCCACCAACGGCAAGAAGUUCCACGACAUAAGGUCCAUGAAGACCAUCACCACCAUCCCGGCGGCGCAGUGGCGGGAGAAGAACCCGCUAUUCCAGGAGUGGCUGGACAAGGGCGCGCGCGACCGGGCCAGCGGCGUCAUCGUGCAGUGGGAUGGCUGGUGGCGGGGUCCAGGGGCGCACGGGCAGGCGCAGGGGCAGGGCCAGGCGGGUGGCGGCACUGCGUCGCCGCUGGCUUCGGGCAGCGAGGCGGUGGCGGACUGGUGGGGCAUGCCCAGUGGUGGACUGAGCUGGUCGCAACUGACCGCACAGCCGGAGGGAUCUCACACGCACCCGGAGCUGGGCCUGGAGGAUUCGCAGCCGGGUCCAGCAUCCAGCUCGGGUCGGGACACCGGCCCAAGCGCGGGCCCGCCGGGCUCCUAUGGUGCGCCCCCAGGCAGCCUGGGCGCGCGCGGCAGCAGCGGCGUGAGUGGGCUGGGGUUCGGCGACGGCAGCCUGCGCCUCACCAGCAGCGAGCUGUGGCAGCGGUAUUGGGAGCUGGGCGGGGGGGGAGACGGCAAAAAGUGGACGCCGCCGGACCAUGACUCAGGCGGGCUGGGGCGAGACGAUGUAAGUGAUAGUAGUGUUAGCGACGAGGAUGAGGGCGAGGAGCCGGAGGCAGACGGGCAGAGCGAGCACAAGGCGUGACGCGGCGCAAGUGCAAGUGCGUGUGCGCAAGGGCAUGCGUUGAGUGGACGGAUGGGGGCGGCCAACAGCCCGCCAGGCGCCACCACAUGCAGGAGCAUGAUCAUGCGGUAGCACGGGAUUGUAAACACGUUGUUGA